AUGGUUGAUUGGUUAGAUGAGAAUUUCUCGGAUCAGUCCGACUCUUCUGACGAAGAGUUUGUUUUGCAAGAAGAUGCCGUAAAAGAUACUAGUGAUAGCUCGGAAGAAGAAAGCGGCAGUGACGAAGAUGAAGUUGACCGUAGCACAACAGCCAAUCAAAAGUCUCCACCACAUCACACGAAUGGAAAUAGCGCAGUAGAUUGUAAUGGCCCACGAAAUACCAGUCCGUCAUUAAUCAAUGGUAACAGCUUAGAUGUUAAUACGAAUGGCAGAAUCGGUGCGAUCCGUCAUCGUCAAGAGCACUCUCAUUCACAUUUAUAUAGACCUUAUGAAUUAAGAACCAAUGGAGAUCGGAUUGAUAAUGACGAAUUGAAUGGUUGUGAAAUCGGUUCAUUUGACUAUAGGGUCAGAAGUGGUGCACUUUUGACUACGCAAGAUCGUCCCCUUCGAGAACUCAAAGUUCCGUUCGAGAUCUUCUCCGAAAACUUCAAUCGGUACCACGAGGAACAAGAGUCAACGUUGAAGGAACUAAAAUCAACGGAACAAAAAUUCCUCCAGAUGAAUACAGUGCUUGAAGAAGAAGUAGAUAAGCUCAGGGAUGAAACUGACGGAUUAAAAAGUGAAUAUAAAGAGAUUAGCGAGGAAAAUAGGAAGAUUCGAGAACAAAUUGAAGAGAUGCAUGCCCUCUUUAUCCCAUAUUUUAAUAAUUUAUUGACUGGUAAUGAGGAAGAUGACGAUGAAGAGGACCUUGAAAACAUGCAUCUCGACAAAAUUAUCGUCAGCGAUGAAAUCGGAGAAAAAAAGGAGAAUGAGGGAGAACUGAAUGAUGUCAAUAUUGGUCCCUUCAUCAUUGACAUGGCUCGUCGAUUUGCUCCUCAACAACAAUAA